UCCCACACUCUGCUAAACUGGAUACAAACUGAGACACAGCCAGGAGCGUGGGACUUCUUAUUUCAUGCUUUUGUAACUCUUAUCAGGGUGUUGGACAGUUGUUUGUAAUUGGCAGACAACUGUUGUUUUGGACCAAGAGGUUUUUCUCUUUUAAGACUAAUAGAUUUUAAACUUUUUGGACCAGCAGUGUUUUUUUCUAAGUAAUGUUUUGGAGAGACCUGCACAGUGUUUCAGACUAGUCCAGACAGACAGACAGACACAAAGCAAUCAGCACAAAGACACUCAGUGUUGGAAGACAGACAGGCAGACAACCAUGGGUGUUGAAGAACAGAGAGCUGGGAAGUUUUACGUGGAGAGGGAUGUUUUGGACGAGCUUUGCCUUGACCAGGUGGCCCGAAGACGGACUCCCUCCACCACACCUCCCCUGAAGGAGAGGGUGAAAGAUUCCCUCAGAUGUUCCAUGCCCAAGCUGAAGCGCUCUGUGCUGAGCACUUUGCCUGUCCUGUCAUGGUUGCCACGUUACUCAGUGAGAGACAACGGCCUGGGAGACCUCAUCUCUGGCAUCAGCGUUGGCAUCAUGCACCUGCCUCAGGGUAUGGCCUAUGCUCUCCUGGCCUCUGUGCCUCCAGUGUUUGGUCUCUACACCUCCUUCUACCCUGUACUCGUCUACUGCAUCCUUGGCACCUCCAGACACAUCUCCAUAGGAACGUUUGCUGUGAUCAGCAUCAUGAUAGGCAGUGUGACAGAGAGGCUGGCCCCAGACAGUGACUUCACAUUCCUGAAUGGAACCAACGGGACAGCAGUUCUGGAUGUGACAGCCCGUGACGCCUACAGAGUUCAGAUAGCAGCCAGCACCACUGUACUGAGUGGGCUCUUUCAGGUCCUGUUGGGCAUGGUGCGGUUUGGUUUCGUGGUGACGUACCUUUCGGAGCCCCUGGUACGUGGCUACACAACAGGAGCAGCUACACACGUGGUCAUCUCACAACUCAAAUACAUCUUUGGUAUCCACCCUGCACGCUUCUCCGGACCACUGUCUCAGGUCUAUAUCCUAAUAGACAUCUGUAGACAUCUGCCAGAGACUAACAUUGGGACCCUGGUGGUUAGUCUAGUGGCCUUGGUGGUCCUCAUAGUGGUCAAAGAACUCAACUCCUGUUAUGAGAAGAAACUACCUCUGCCUAUUCCCAUAGAACUCAUAGUGAUCGUAGCAGCAACACUCAUCUCCUACUACGGCAACCUGAACAGCCAAUACGACGUGGCCGUGGUUGGAGAGAUCCCCAGAGGGCUGAAGUCUCCCUGUCUACCUGACGUCAGUCUGUGGGGUACGGUGGUUGGUGAUGCGUUUGCUGUGGCCAUAGUGGGUUAUGCCAUAAACAUCUCCUUGGGCAAAACCUUCGGCCUGAAACACGGCUACAAGGUGGACAGCAACCAGGAGCUGGUGGCUCUGGGUCUCAGUAACACAGUGGGAGGAUUCUUCCAAUGCUAUUCUGUCACCUCUUCUAUGUCCCGUAGCCUCAUCCAGGAGAGCACUGGGGGCAGGACACAGGUUGCCGGGGUGGUUUCUUCAGUGAUUGUGCUGAUCACCGUCCUGCAACUGGGGACACUGUUUGGGGAGCUACCCAAGGCUGUCCUGUCCUGCAUAGUGUUUGUAAACCUGAAAGGCAUGUUUAAGCAGUACCUAGACAUUCCUGCACUCUGGAAGAGCAACACAGUGGACCUGCUGGUGUGGUUGGUAACGCUGGUGUGCACUAUCCUGCUGAACCUGGACCUGGGCCUGGCUGCAUCCAUCGCCUUCUCUCUGCUCACUGUCAUCUUCAGAACACAGCUGCCACGGUACUCUAUUCUGGGGCAGGUUCCUGGGACUGAGCUCUACCUGGACACAGACACAUACGAAGAGAUGACUGUCUAUUGGACCCCCCCCCUGUUUGUUUGUUGGUUUGUCCCGCAGGCAAAAGAGAUCCCAGGUAUCACUAUCUUCCGUUCCUCCACCACAGUAUACUAUACCAACGCUGAGUUAUACCUGGACGCACUGCAGAAGAAGAGCGGUAUUGACGUUGGGAAGCUGCUGACGAGAAAGAAGAAAAGAGAUGCUAAAAAAAAGAGGAAAGACAAGAAAGAAAAGAAAGCUAAAAAGGAGGCAAAAAAACAGAAUGGUGUGAAUGGACACCUACCCAAUGGUACAGUCCACCCAGAGGACAAGGUGGACGUAGAGAAGGGCUCCCCUGACCUGAAGGAAAACAGGACAGACAUCGCCCUGACUGACAGACCCACUAAUGGACAGGUGAACUGGGCCUACGAGCAGCAAUGGACCGGGUUGGACCUGGGCUCUGAGACUGGUAGUCAUGGCGAUGAUGCCAUAACCCAGACGUCCAGUACCGUAGGAGAAGAGACGAGAGGGAGGAGCUCCGACACACAUACCAUCAUCCUGGAUCUCUCCACAGCCAGCUUUGUAGACACCGUCACUGUGAUGAUGCUGAAUAACAUAUUCAGAGACUAUAGAGAGAUUGACAUUGAUAUCUAUUUAGCUGGAUGCCAAGUCUGUGUCGUGGAGCAGUUAUCCAGAGCAAGCUUCUUCUCUGAGUCCAUCCCUAAGAGCCGUCUGUUCACUACGGUCCACGACGCCGUGCUACACAGCCUCCGGCUGCAAGGGGCCUCAGACGUUCCCAUCUACGAGUGUGCACUGGACAUGGCCUGCACUACCAAGAUGUAAACAACAUGGGUCACAUUGGUCACAAUUCUUUAUGGAAAAUAAUAAAUAAUGGUUACUAAUGAUGCAAUAUUGAUAGCAUUAUGGUGUUGGAAAUGAAGUAUCAAUGUACCCUGAUGAUUCAAGUUCUCUUGAGUCCACAAUCUUCAACACAGCACAUAUAUCAUAAUACCAUAAAUGCCACCCCUGUUAUUGUAAUAGUGAGAGGUUAGCAUGUCUUGGGGGUAUGAUAUUUGUGCGUCUGUAAAUUUCUCACUCGUCAUUAUUCCCAAUUCAUUCGGGAUUAUCCGUAAUCAUGGUAGCAUCCACAUUAAUGUAGAAGUGUUUAGAAACAUACUCUAAUCUUAUUUACAAUAAAAGUGACUUCUAAAUAA